UUCUGUAUAUCUGGUUGAGGUCUUUGAUCCAUGUGGAAUGGAGUUUUUUGCAAAGUGAAAAGUAUCUUAUCUAUUUGGAGUCUUUUACAUGCAGCCACUGAGUUUGACCAGCAUCAUUAAUUGAAGGUUAAUAAUCUGUCUGAUUAUGAAUCAAGAGGAAAUGUCAAGACACCAAAUUCAGUGUUCUCACUAAGUAAGAGAGACAGCCUUUGAAGAUCCCCCUUGUGGCAGUUGUCAGCUUGGAAAAGCAGUGCUUCUUCAAGUACUCCCACAUUCAGCUAAGGUUACUGUGCCCCACAAAUGGCUACCAUCUGUCUGUCUCCCAAGUUUGCUAUGUCCUCUCUGGGAUCUGCAGAUAACCAGGAAUCAGAAUUUCCUCUUCCAUCAAAAUGUGAUUCUUGUCAUCAGAGUUUGAGUUUGUUUGCUUGCCGUGCUCCAGAGCCUGAUACACCAGCUCAUGUUUAUUCUCAGGAGUUCGUGACAUUUCAAGAUAUUGCUGUUGACUUUACUGAGAAAGAGUGGCCCCUGCUAGAUUCUUCUCAGAGAAAACUGUACAAAGAUGUAAUGCUGGAGAAUUAUAGCAAUCUAAGUUCAUUGGGUUUUCAGGUUGGCAAACCCCGCCUCAUCUCACACCUAGAGCAAGAAGAGGAGCUGAGAAUGGAGGAGAGAGGCAUUCAGCAGUGUCCUUCUCCAGAUUGGGAAACUACAUCUAAGAUCAAAUGGUCCAUUCUUAUGGAAGAUAUUUUUGGGAAGGAAUCAUCUAAUGGUGUAAGAUUGGAAGCAUCUCAUCUUUUGGAGAAAUCAUCUGACUUUACCCAUUUAUUUGAAGUCCUUAAUAUUGGUCAUCACCUUGCACAGCCAAUAGGAAUGCCCACAAGCAAGAGACCCUAUCACCACCACACCUGUGGAGCUGCUUUCAAGAACAGGAUUCACCUGACUCAGCACAUGAGCAUGUAUGAUGGGAGGAAAAUGCAUGAAUGUCACCAGUGCCAGAAAGCCUUCACCACCAGUGCUUCUCUUACAAGGCACUGUAGAAUUCACACUGGGGAGAAGCCUUAUGAGUGCAGCAGCUGUGGCAAAGCCUUCAAUGACCCCUCAGCUCUAAGGAGCCACACAAGAACUCACCUCAAAGAAAAGCCCUUUGACUGUAGUCAGUGUGGUAAUGCCUUCCGGACCCUCUCUGCUCUGAAGAUACACAUGCGAGUUCACACUGGUGAAAGACCCUACAAAUGUGACGAGUGUGGCAAAGCCUAUGGCAGGAGCUGCCACCUCAUUGCCCACAAGCGAACACACACUGGAGAGAGGCCCUAUGAGUGUCAGGACUGUGGAAAAGCCUUCCAGCACCCCUCCCACCUGAAGGAGCAUGUUCGGAACCAUACUGGGGAAAAGCCUUAUGAGUGUAUACAGUGUGGCAAAGCCUUCCGGUGGAAGUCCAACUUCAAUUUGCAUAAGAAGAACCACAUGGUGGAAAAAACAUAUGAGUGCAAAGACUGUGGAAAGUCCUUCAGUGAUCUCCUAUCCAGAAGGAAACACAUGAGGAGUCACGUUGUAAAGAAACCAGUCGAGUGUCAUCAAUGUGGGAAAACCUUUCGAAACCAGUCCAUCCUAAAAACACACAUGAACUCUCACACUGGGGAGAAACCUUAUGGUUGUGAUCUCUGUGGCAAAGCAUUCAGUGCUAGUUCCAACCUCACUGCACACAGGAAGAUCCACACUCAAGAGAGACACUAUGAAUGCACGUCCUGUGGGAAGGUCUUUGGUGAUUACCUGUCACGAAGGAGGCACAUGAGCAUCCAUCUUGUCAAGAAGCAUGUGGAAUGUAGACAGUGUGGAAAAGCCUUUAGGAACCAAUCUACCCUGAAGACACACAUGAGAAGCCACACUGGUGAGAAGCCAUAUGAGUGUGACCAUUGCGGAAAAGGUUUCAGCAUAGGAUCUAACCUUAAUGUUCAUCGGAGGAUCCAUACUGGGGAAAAGCCUUAUGAAUGUCUUGUUUGUGGAAAAGCCUUCAGUGACCAUUCAUCCCUUAGGAGUCAUGUGAAAACCCACCGGGGGAGAAGCUCUUUGCACCAUCUGUGUGGAAAAGGUUUCAGUGAAUACUCAGAUGCAGAGGAAACGUGGCAAGUGUAAGUCGUCAAAAAUCUUUCAUGACCUAUCCAUAUACAGAACGCAAAAGAUCAGUUUGUAGAAAGACCUAAGUUGGUAUUCAGCAACCGGGAUCUCUGUGAGAACCUAGCAACUGUGAAAAAUUUGUAUUGAGUAGCAAGAAACUUUCAACAUAUAUUGUGCUCUGAACUUAGGCAGAGAGUUUUCAGUGUGGACAUUUAGUAUUAAAGUCAGCAACACUUUGUGGGCACACCAGAGUGAAUCCUAUCAUUCAGUGAUUAGAGAAGUCUUUCCUCAUCUCACCUUUGUUCCUCAUGGGAGAAAUCAGAGUUUUUUUAAAAAAAAACAAAACAAAACAAAACAAAACAAAAACCCUCAGAAAUAACCAUGGAAAAGUACAUUAAAAAUUGGAAAGCAACCUGGCCAUUUCUUUAUUGAUUUUGGCUCACAAGACAAGAAUGCUUCUUUCUUUUUAAAAAGAAAAAUCUGGCAGAGGCAGUACAUGGCACUCAAAUUCUGUUUAUAAAAAUAUUCUUUUAGGGCUUUGGUCAGUAGCAUUGGAUCUCAACCUGGAGCACUUUUGCUCUCCAGGGCAUUUGUGUCUGGGAAGAUUUUGGUUUUGAGAAUGGAGAGAGGUGCUACAGACGACAUCACCGAUGCUAUCAAAUAGCCUAUGAUAUAUAGAAGUCUUCCUAUGUGUACAACUAUAAAAGUACUGAGUUUGAGAACAGUCUCAUUCAUUCCUUGGGUACUGUGAUUCCUGUGAACACUAACAUAAGGAGAAAAUUUUUACAGUUUUUUAAAAGAAAAACCACCGCAUUGCAGUUCUCUCUGAAAAUGUAUGAAAACGUACACUGCUUAUAACUUUAUGGAAAUAAUUUUAGCCAUAGUCCCCUUGUAUGUGAAUGUAGAGUUGUAUUUAAAAGUCAUUUUUUGGUGAUAACUGACUCCAGCUCUUUAGUUUUUUUGAUCUUUUUAUCUUUAGGAUUAUGGUUCUCUAAAUAACUUUGUCUCCAUCAUAAAUAAUUAAAUAUAGUAUUUUUUACUAUAGCUUUGUAAAUUAUAUCUUUAUUUCACUUUAGUAACCUUAACGUGACCACUGGCAUAUUUAGAAUUGUGUAAUGUUAUGCACUGGGUAAUGUAGGUAUUUUUAGGUACCUGUGUCAUAUGCAUUGUGGUCAAAACAUGAAGCUUCCUAACAGAUAGUACUUUUGGUUUUGCCUUUCUGUCCAAAAGACCUACAAGAUUUCGCAUAUUCAUUUAAACACCUUCUAUAGCAGAAGAAUAACAGUUUUAUCUGCUUAUCAAAUAGUGCCACUAUAAGAAAUCUUUUUUUAGUUUUUCAUGCAACUCAUAAUCUCUACAUGCCAUGACCCCUGGAUAUUCACUCAUCAACAGAGAUACAUGUGUGGUAUUCUGAGAAAAAGCUCUUGGGGAAAAAAUACCUGAUUUUUGUUUUUUAAUUCCUUGUGUGACCCUGAAGAUGAAAACCACAGUCUAAAAAAAAUAGAACAGAGAAGUCACAGUGACCCUAGUCUGUAUUUUUGCUUCUGAAAGAGUUUACAUUGGUACUCAAUAUUAUAUCUAGACUUUCUCUUCCCCGAGAAAGUAAUAAAAUUGAUUGCAAGUUUACAAUGGGA